AAAACUAUCCUCUUAUUUGACAUUCAGCGGCGACACUGGCGUCGAAAUUAUCUCAUUAGUUCAUCCCAAGUUUAUCCUACGUUAAAUUAUUGCCAAUCGCGUCGAUUGGUUGAUUUGAACCGGCAUUUAAAAGCGAUCUGUCAAAGCAGCCAACAACGGCGAAUAUGAAGGAUCUGGAGAAUCGGGGCGAAGAAUUGUCUUUUUCUUCUCUAUUGGAUACCAAGGGUUUUCAACGUUUCUAGGGACCGUGUAUUUGGUCAAUAUAAUAAAAUGGCGCAACAAGGAAUGAGCGACGAUCGCCGCAAAAGUUCAGCUAUAAGACGAGGAAUGUCUUUAACGGGAUCAGAGGGUCCAAGCAUGCUGGAAAAGCUGAUCCACAAUGCGUUCGACGUUUUUGAUACUGCCAAGAUUCUAGAAGUAGACGUUCGAGACCUUGGCACGAUGAUAAGAUCACUGGGAUGUGUGAUGACCGAAGCAGAGUUACAGGAGAUCCAAGUUCAGCUUGAAGACGUGGAGAAUAAUUCCGUAUCUCAGUCCAGAUUUGUUGAAUAUAUGACAAAGACGAUCAGUGAACACAAGUUGAAGCCAGCUGAACCUGAAGAAUUGCUGCAAGCCUUUCAGCUAUUUGAUCCUGAAAAUCGCGGCUACAUUAUGAGGGAUGAUCUGGCUAAAGCGCUCAUGGAACUCGGAGAGCCCUACACUCAGGAUGAGGUAAAUGAGAUGAUGUUCGUUGCCUGUGACCCUGCUACCAAUAAAAUCAACUACGAACAUUUCAUCAAUCUGCUCAUUGUCGAUUGAGAGGUAAAUUCAGGAUAUUGUUUGAGUGGAUGAAGAAAAUAUACAGUGAAGCCCCAAACUUACAAUGUGAUCUAGGCCUUCUUGAGUUGUAUGGUCCCGUGAGUAGUUUAGAUUCAAUUUACUGCCUUGGACUGCCACGGGUGAUCGGCUAGCGAUUUCCUCCGCAAGUGAUAUUGAUCCCGCUAGCAGACUGUGCAAAGUGUACAAUGUGUUGAUCAUUAUAUGGCAAAAAGAUGUGAAAGCAUAAAUACACGGGAAAAGAAAUUAUAAUUGAAGGAAA